UUUAACAUGGGAGUAGCACCUUCAGGACUCAUAAUUGAAACAAGCUCUGCUUUUGGUGGCCGAGCUUCAGACAAGCACAUUGUCGCUGAUUCAGAAAUAUUGAACAGGCUUGAUUAUGGAGAUGCUGUCAUGGUGGACAAGGGCUACCAAAUAGAGAAGGAAUGUCUUGAGAGAAAUUUGACUUUGUAUCGACCACCAUUCUUGACCCAAAAGAAACAACUAAGUCGAGAAGAAGCUUUGUCCUGUGCUGAGAUAGCUAGGGCAAGAGUGCAUGUCGAGAGAGUUUUCCAGCGGAUUCGAGAGUUUGAUUUCCUUCGCCCACCAGUUAUUAAUAUUGAUAAGUUUAUGUAA